CCGGGUUGGUUUGGCGAACUAGUGAGCGACUCCCGGAGAGAACAGUAAACCGGGAGUGCAAAGGCCAGAGACCCAACUUGUCCGUUCACCCUCCCACCUACACAAGAAAAUCAAAAUGCCUUUUAGCCCAAGAAGAACCCUCGGCGACUUCGUCACACGUGCGUGAGGUCACAAGCAGUCACUAGCGCAGAGCGGUGAGGCGAGUUCUGUGGAAAAAAGCGGUGCGGGGCCGAGGCCAAAGGCUGUGUCCCGCGUGUUCCUGACGCAGAACUGGGAACUGCCUUCAUCUUUUCCGAAAUGUCUGCCUCCCAUUGCCUCCACUGCUCACAGCUUCUCCAGGUGCUUUUGGCUCCUACCUUCUCUUCAUUCAGGAGAUACUGAAUGCUAGACCGCUGUGAGAGUGGGUAGAUAUGUGAGUGAACACGAUGUGGCCCGUGAUUUCUUUGCGCCUACAGAGUGGUGGAGAAUAUGCGAAGUGAAACAGAGGGUUCUGGAAAAGUGGAGGGAUUCAGAAUGCUGAUGAAGUGGGAAGAUUCCCUGAAUGGCAUGAACCUGAGUGGACAGCCAAGGAGAGGAAAGUACAUCUUACCAGGUCAAGAGAAGUGAAGAGACACCAGGAACGACACAGGAGAAGCAUGAUGGAAAAGCAGUAGUUGAGUGAGGCUGAAAUACAGUUGGAAGGAGAGUGGCUGAACAGUUAAGCAGGGCCCAGGUCACGGUCACAGGGAGCAUUGUAAGCUGUUUAAACGGGCUGAAUCUCGUUCUGAAAACAGUGGAAAGCCACUGAAAGAUUUUAAAUAGGAAGAUGCCACAAUUAGACUUUCCUUUGCAAAUUUCUGCCUUUCUACUGAGAAAGGAUUGGAGAGGGACAAGUCCAAUAAGGGGAGGAGGAGAUCACAUAGGAGGCUGCUGCACUAAUAGAGACAAUGGCUGAUGGUCAUCUAAACUGGAACUUGGCAGUGAGGAUGGGGACCAGUGAACUGAUUUAAAGGUCAAGGAGGUGGGGGAGGGGGAUGUAGAGGUGGUACAUUCUGAGAGGCAGCAGAAGAUGACUCAAGCACCUGGGCGCUUACCACCUACAUGGUAGACCCUGAUGGAGUUCCAGGUGCCUGGCUUCUACCUGGCCCAGUCAUGGCUGUUGUAGCCAUUUGGGGAGUGAACCAACAGAUGGAAGAUCUCUCCCUCCCUCCCUUCCUCUCUACCUGUGCCUUUCAAGUAGAUGAAAAUGGCUGCAAUGGCCAGAGCUGGGAUGAUCGAAGCCAGGAGCUUCUUCCAGGUCUCCCACCCAGGUGCAGAGGACCAAGCACGUGGGCCAUCUUCUACUGCUUUUCUAAGCCCAAUAGCAGAGAGCUGGAUUAGAAGUGAAGCAACCAGCUCUCGAACUGUCGCCCAUAUGGGAUGCCAGCACUGUAGGCGGCAGCUUUAUGUGCUAUGCCACAACAUUGGCCCCCAAAAUAAACUUUUUUUUUAAUCAAAAAGACUCAGUGAUUGAAUGAAUUAUGAAAGAGAAGUCAUAGUCAAAGAUGAGUCCCAGGCGUAGACAAUGGAGUGGAUGAUAAUGUCUGUUGUUCCAGCCAGAGGGACAGAACUGUCGCCUGGGUCUUCAUUCUGAGCCCUGGGCAUGCUGGACUUUGUGAGAACAGCUACUCCAGUCAUCAUGCUAUUUGAUGACAUCAGUGCAGGCAGAUGUUCACAAAGGCAGAUGGUGUGAGGCAGUUAACCUGAGAUGCCACCUUUUAGUGCUAUGUUAUUGGCCUUGUCUCUUCCUGUGGAAAGGCACUUGUUGUAAUUCCCAAAUCAUGGCCACCUGGCCCUGGUGAUCUGAGUAAUCUACAUUCUUUGUUUGCUUGGAGAACUGGGAAGGUCAGGUUUGGUGACAUCUUUAAAGAACAUGGAACAGCCAAGAAAGGAUUUGUGUUUCUCUCUUAGGAAAUCUUCAAACAAGUCAGGCUACUCAGCAUCAAGUUAUUGUUCUUCAGGGAAGAGACAGACCCUCGCCUGUUUUCUUAUAAACCCACAUUGUGGCAGUAUCAUUAACGCAGAUGGCCACGGUGAAGUGUGGACAGAUUGGACUGACAUGUCCAAGUUUUUCCAGUAUGGAUGGAGAUGUACCACUAAUGAGAAUUCUUACUCAAACCGUACCCUAAUGGGCAACUGGAACCAAGAAAGAUAUGACCUAAGGAAUAUCGUGCAACCCAAACCCUUGCCUUCCCAGUUUGGACACUAUUUUGAAACAACAUAUGAUACAAGCUACAACAACCACAUGCCACUUUCAACUCAUAGAUUUAAGCGUGAACCCCAUUGGUUCCCAGGACAUCAACCUGAGCUGGAUCCUCCUCAAUAUAAAUGCACAGAAAAGUCAACUUACAUGAGUAGCUAUUCAAAGCCUCAAACUGGGUAUCACUCUGUGUGUGUAUGGGAUCCUAAUGUUGAUCAGUUUCAGGCUCCAGGAUUCUAAGAAAGAAUAAGAAGUUUCAUUUUUCCAGAGUAGAAUGUAGGAGGGAGCACAUUUUAAGCACAACUAAAAAUUUAGCUCACUGUAACACAAUUUCACUCUCUGAAUAAGUAAAGCACAAGGCAUAGAAAAUAUUCUCUAUCUUUUUUUUAUUUUAACCAAGACUUAAAUGUCAAGUUUAAGUUAAUUGUGUGUACUCUAAGUUCUACAUUAAGGGUGUUAUAGAAGGACCUUAGAAAGAAUUACUUCUCUCAAGUUUACAACCAUUCUGAUUCUGCACUUUCCUUUAAUCAGUUGCAGGACUGCAAAAUCCAGCAUAAUUUAAAUUAUGUUUUCUUAGAUGCUUUCUAGAUGUAAUAGUUUGGAACAAGGAUUGGCUCCAGAACUCAUGUUAACAUUUAAACCUCAAUGUCAUAAGUUAAUGAUACUAAGCUGUUGGAAAUCCAAUUAUCGUACUUAGGAGGUGGGCCUGGUGGGAGGUGCUUAGGUCAUUGGAGGCAUGCCCUUGAAAUGUAGUUCUCACAAGAGGAUUAGUUAUAAAAGACAGAGUUGGGCCGAGCCAUUCUCUGUCAGCCUCCUGGCUCACAUGUGAUCCUUCCUCCACUGGUACUUUAUGCUCCCUCUUGCCAUGUGAUACUCUGCACCACCUGAGGACUCUACCAGCAAUGAACAUAAUCACCAGAUGCCGAACCAUUGGGACCACCCAGUCUUGGGCUGUGAAUCUCGAAAACUGUGAGCUGAAAUAAACCUCCCUGCUUCACAAGUAGCGUGUAGUAAUAGAAAGCUGACUAAUACAGAAAACUGGUACCAAGGAGUGGGGUCAGUAGUAUAACUUUCCUUGAUGAUGUGGAGAAUCCUUCAGAAUUGAUUUAUCAAGAAUUGAUUUAUCAAGAGUUUGGAGAGGCAGGCUGAAGAAAGCCUAGAAGGCUGUAAAUAGUGUUCUGAGUGAUUCUGGUGAGGACUCAGGCGACCAGAAUGCUGAUGUAGGUGUGGGUAGGAAAGGUCAUAUUGAUGAUGUUUCCGGUGGAAAUGAGGGUUUUAUUGGGAACUGGACAAAAAGCCACACUCACUAUACUGUGGCAAAGAACCUGACUACACUUUGUUCCUGUGGUGAUAGUUUGUGAGAAGCUGAGCUUAGAAAUGAUGAAUUCGUUUGGUGGAGAAGACUUUAAGGCAACAAAGUAUUCAGUUUGCAGCCUGGGUAUUGGCUGCUGAUAGUGACAAUCAGGAGCAAAAUGAAGCAGAAUGGAAAAAUUUGAAAUUUUUACAGCCUGGCCAGAGAAGCAGAAAAGAAAGGAUUUGGAACUGAAGUGUGCAGUGAAGGAACCUCUUGCUAAAGAGAUUAGUACAGGUGAAAAUGAGCCAUAUCUUAUUGGCAAGACAGUACGGAAAAGCCUCAAGGGCAUCUCAGAAAUCUGGAGGCUGCCCCUCCCAUCACAGGCUCAGAGGCCUGGAAGUGCAGAAUUAUUUUUAUGAAAUCCCAGGGCACUUCCAGCAAGCUUGCUGAAAACCACCUCAGGAUUUGUUUUUUCUUAUUCAUUCAAGUAGUAAAGAACUCCAGAGCUGAAACCAUAGUUCAAGUAGGCCUGGGUGUAGCUUGUGCUGGCGGCAGACCUUGAUGUCAUGAUAAUGGUUUUCCAGGCAUAUAGAAUGUAAGACUUCUACUAAAAUUUUAAAGAAAAGCUGUGAGGCCAGGUAGAGUUGUGCUGCAGGAUUGGAGCUCCUGUGUAGAACUCCUGAUGGAAUAAUAUCUAGUGAAACUGAAAGUGAAGCCACUUUGGAGACCCCAGAAGGGUAGAGGUAUCAGCAACAUGGGCCUCAGACAUCAGUGUGCAGCUUCAGAGAGCAGCCUUGCGGGCAGAGACCAACAGAACCUCCAACUGGAUUUCAAAGGAUAUCUCAGAAAAUCUGGGGACUGAGGCAGAGACCUGUCACAGGAGUGAAGCCACACAGAAGAGCCUCCACUAAAGCAAUGCCAAGUGGAAAUGUGAGUCUGGAGUUACCACAUAGAGCUCUCACCAGGCAAUUCCUAGUGGAGUCAAGACUACAACCUGUAAGAACUGAAGCAUGGGCUGGGACCAGCAAAGCCAAUGGGCCAGGACUGCCCCUGCUAUAGUUGUGCCCAGGAUGCUGGACAUGGAGCUUUAGGAUUUAAUGUUUUCCUUGCUGAUUUUUGAUCUUGCUUUGGUCCAGUUAAUCUUUCCUGUUUGUCUGUUACCCCCUUUUGGUAUGGAAAUGUAUAUGCUAUGCCUGUCCCACUGUAUCUUAUGUGAAAUAUGUGACUUGGAUUUUUAUAAGUUUGAGUCAAAUAAGACAUUGAAUUUUGGAUUUUUGAAUUAAAUAGUGGA